ACUGGCAACAAGGGAUGCCGUGGACUGUUGCCCCCCCAGGCGCAACAGGCCUCUGAUGGCCUCGUUCCUCUCUACAGAAAUCAGUACAGUGCUGACAUUGGAUUGGUUCUGCCACUUGCCAUGCAGCUAUCAACAAUGUCUGCUUUCAGAUCUUCAUCCUCUUACACAUACAGUGAGCAGAGGCUGUCCUGCUGCAGCCCCCUGAGGAAGCACCAGGACCUGACACCCAUACUUAACAGGCAGGAACUUGGUAUAUCAGAAGGAAACUUCCAGGAUCACCAUGAUUUGUAUGAACAGAACCCUGUGGGUUCAGACCUUGUGACUACCCUGAUACAUUCAUCGCCUUCACCUGAGAGUAGUGAUGUGGAAGUUUAUUUGUCUGGUCAGAACACUGAGAAGAACCACUUUCCUCUGUCUAGUCUGGAGUUCUCUCAGGAACACUUUAGCACCAUAAGCAAAGACUGCCUGCACUUUGAGUCAACUUUAUUCGAGAAUAGCAAAGGCAAAGACAGCGAUGAGCUGGCACUGUUGAAAUCAAGGAAACAUGGUGAAGCAAAAGUCAGUGGUUGUCUUGGAUUAGGUUUUGAAACCGAUCAACAGGAACUUGGUCUACACAGCCAGAUGGCCAAGAACACAACCAGACUCUGCCCAACACUAAAAAGAAGUUCUUCCCCUUUUGCUAGUUUUUGUGAAAUGCCUUUGAAAAGUUGGUAUGAGGAUUCUGACUAUGAUUUCGAGGAACCCAUGUCUGGGAAUAGCUUGGAUGAUGUCAACGUGGAUCCUGUGAGUGAUGGCAGCGUCCAGAGUGCUGCUAAUCAUGGUGCCAUCCCAACCUCAGACCGCAGUGCCAGUCUUCCUGGCAGUCUAAAGAAAAGACUAGUCUUAGAAGGCAAGUACUCAGAUGGAGACCUGGUCUGGGCAAAAUUCAAUCACAGACCAUGGUGGCCCUGCCAGGUGAUCAGGAACCCACAAGAUGGAACCCACACCAAAAUGAAAGAGCCAAGCCAUAGACCCUGUCGGCAGUAUUUCCUCAGGACUUUUGGGGAAAUUGUGGAUGAAGCCUGGGUUCCUGGGAGGGCAAUUCAUCCUUUUGAGGGAGGCUACCAGUUUGACAAACUCCCUAUUCUGCGGAGGAGAGGAAGGCAAAAGGAUGAAAACUACAAAUACACUAUACCAAAACGUUUUUUAGAGCCUUGGAAAAUCAGUGUUUUGGAGGCAGAAUCUGUGCUUUCAGAACCAUCAAAGAAUCCCCUUACUUUUUCUCUUCGCUCAAAAAGUAUUUCAGUAAUAAUUAAAGAGAACAAGGUCUUGGAAGCCCCAUCCUGCUCUUCGCUGAAGAAAUCCCCCUCAGCAAGUUCCGUGUCAGGUGGGAAAAUGGAGAUUCUUCAGCUGAAAGAAUGUGAUAUAAAGAAAGCAAAAAUGAGAAAGAAGGAUGGGAAACCACUGAAAUUGUAUGCAACAAAACAAACAGGACUAGCUGUUGAAGAAUUAUCAGGCACCACAAACAGGAAUAAUUUAAUACCUUUUUUACCCGACCAGUUUAACAAGCACAGAGAGGAUCUGCAUUCUGAUGCUGAUUCAGAACUAAGGAUCCAAUCCCUAGUCCCCGAACAACUAUGCAAACAAAAUCAGUCUGCCAUGACACCAGAAAAAGAUAUUAGAAAGAGGCGGAAGGCUGUAAAACCUGUUCAUUUGGAUGGUGAAAGACAAGACUCAGAAAAUUCCAGAGGUGUUGAUUUAGACUUUUUCUAUGACCAGUUAUCAUUCAGUAACCCAUCUCCCAGAAUCUCAAAACCAGAAAUCAACUUACCAAACCUGGCAGAUCUGUUUGAAAAAUCAAACACCACUCUUGAAAAGUUUCCUGCCAGCAGUCACCUGAUGACAAAAGCACUAAAGGCAAUGGGAGAUGCUAAAUUCAAAGAGAAAGUUGUUUGUAGUCAAAAUGUGUGGAAUCUUCCAAAUUAUGAAGUAGAAAGGGACAUUUUUGCCAAAAAUAAAACCACAUGUGAUGAAUUUCCGUUACAGAACCACUCACAGAACCUGGUACAGACUACUGAACUUUCCAGUGAUCCCAGGUCCUCAAAUUAUUCAAUGCACUUAACAAAGGCUGAAAAAAUCAAAACUUCAGAUGACCCUGUGACAGAAUCUGAAAAUGGGGGAAUACUUGCUGGACCACUCACCAUUAGUACGUUAGUCUCUUCUAAAGUACAGAAAAACUGCUCCAUGUCUGAUGUUGCCUCCUGUUCCUUCACUCCACCAUCACUCUUGCCCCUAGGCUUACUUAGUGAUGUUCGACAGAUAUCUUUUAAAUCCCUAACAAAUGAAGAUGGCAGCUCUGAAGAACCAGGUUUCAUGUCUUUCUUAGAACAGGGAUCAAUGGUUGAUCAGGAGACAACUGGGAGAAAAAGAAAGGAGAAAAUGCUGACCUCAAAGGGUUCAUGUAUGAGGCCUAAAAAAGUGAGACUUAGGCCAUUGAAAAAGGACACAGAUGAAUCUGAAGGUUUUUUAUUUUCCCAGUGUAAGAAUGUUUCUGACUUCAGCAAACAAAAGAUCUGUUCAAAAGAAUCCAAAAAGUUGAAUAUUGGCUCAGUGGAACCAGAUAGUUGUGCACACUGGAAGGAUGCACCCCAUGGCAAAUUGAAAGCAUGGAAAGCAGAUUCCACUGCUGAUUUUUUUAACCUGUCAACUGAUGCUAGUGGCCUGAACAGCAUUGCCAAAGAGGCCCCAAAAAAGCGUUGGCAGAGGUUUGAGGAGGGCAGUUUUUUCACAGACAAGCCCCAGUCCAUGGUGAUUGUAGAGCUAAACAAGGGCUGCAGGGCCAACAUUAGUGAAGGAGCAGAUAUUUCCCAGUGCUCCCAAUCAAAGAAGGCAGUCAGUCAACCGGCAGAUUCCAAUAGAGUAACUGAAAGCAUUUCGGAGACAAAAAAGGAUUUGUUAGCACAUUCAGAAAAUAAGCUCUCAAGAAAACAAUGCAAACGACUCUUGGAAUGGACAGAGGAAGGUGAUCAGAUGUUUUUACUAAAGAAAAAAACUAAUAAAACCCAAGAACAUUCUAGAAUGCCACUGGACUCAAACUGCAUAAGAAGAGAGCUGGAAAUCUUAAACCGGUUCCAAGACUUUCUGGAUCCAGUGCCACAGAUACAAACCCCACCUCCAGAAGAGCAGAUCAGUGUCCUUGUUGAGCUGGCCCCAAGUACCUUAGAGACCACCCCCCCUCAAGAUGACCUUACCCUUCCCAUAGACACAUUAACCCCACCCCCGGAAGCUUCCUCUCCUACACGAGACACUGCUGAGGAGAAGCUGGUUAAAACUAAUUCUUGUGGAUGCCGGGACAAAAAGAGACAGAGAAAAGAUACAAAGAAAAUUCUAGAAUCUUCUAUUGAAGCAGACCUUAUUCCGGUCUCAAAGGAGAAGUGUCAGGAACAUAGGCAACAAGGCACAUCAAUAUUACUUAAAGCGACGCCUGCUAAAAAAGAAUUUUGUGGAUCUCUUGCAUGUCAUGCAGCUUCUUUAGAUAUUGCACAGCACUCAGAUAAAAAGAAGAAAAAGCUCUCACAGGUGGUGUGCUCCACACCUGUGAAGAAGCUCUCUUGCCCUAGAAGACCUGAGCUGGAGAAUGACGAUGAUCAGUCUGUUUCUGGAGCCAUAGUUGAUACAUUGUCCUGGAACAGAGAGAGUGCACUGGAAUCUGAGCUUUUUUAUUCUAUCGAUGAUCACAGUCUGGUGUCAGGGAAAGAUUCCUUCACCAAUAAGAAGUCUGCUGGGGAGAAAGGAGGUACUGCCUCCAUGAAAGAGAAUGUCUGUCAGGUGUGUGAAACGACAGGAGAACUGCUGCUGUGUGAAGGUCAGUGCUAUGGGGCUUUCCACCUGGAGUGCAUUGGACUGUCAGAGACACCUCAGGGACGAUUUCUGUGCCAAGAGUGCGCUACAGGAGUUCACACUUGCUUUGUGUGCAAGAAACCUGGAACUGACGUGAAUCGCUGCACAGUUGCAGUGUGUGGCAAGUUCUACCAUGGGGAGUGUAUUACCAAGUACGCACCUGCUGUUCUCCAGGACCGUGGCUUCCGUUGUUCCCUCCAUGCCUGUCUGUCCUGCUACAUCACCAAUCCUGCCAACCCAUCAAUUUCCAAAGGCCGUCUGACCCGAUGUGUGCGCUGUCCUGUGGCCUAUCAUGCCAAUGACUAUUGCAUGGCAGCUGGGAGUGUGGUCUUGGCCAACAGCAGCUUCCUGUGUCCCAAACACUUCACUCCUCGCAAGGGUUGCCGCAACCAUGAGCACAUCAACGUUAGUUGGUGCUUUGUCUGUUCUGAAGGGGGUAGCCUCCUUUGCUGUGAGUCGUGUCCUGCAGCCUUUCAUCGUGAGUGUCUGAACAUUGAAAUGCCUGAAGGAAGCUGGUACUGCAAUGACUGUCGGGCUGGAAAGAAGCCUCACUACAAGGAAGUAGUGUGGGUUAAAGUCGGUCGGUACAGGUGGUGGCCUGCAGAGGUUAGCCACCCGAGAAACAUUCCUGACAACAUCCUUCGUAUGCGGCAUGAUGUUGGAGAGUUCGCAGUGCACUUCUUUGGCUCCAAGGACUACUUGUGGACUUACCAGGCUCGGGUCUUUCCUUACAUGGAAGGCGAUGCCAACAACAAGGAGAAGAUGGGGAAGGGUGCUGAUGCCAUAUACAAGAAAGCUCUUCACGAAGCUGCUGAACGAUUCCGGGAGCUACAGACUGAAAAGGAAAUGAGACAGCUUCAGGAGGACAGGAAAAACGACAAGAAGCCCCCUUCAUAUAGACAUAUUAGGGUGAAUCGGCCAGUAGGGAAGGUCCAGAUCUUCACUGCUGACCUCUCAGAAAUCCCACGCUGCAACUGCAAGGCCUCUGAUGAGAACCCCUGUGGCAUGGACUCGGAGUGCAUCAACCGCAUGCUGAUGUACGAGUGCCACCCACAGGUGUGUCCAGCGGGCGAAUGCUGCCAAAACCAGUGCUUCACCAAGCGCCAGUACUCACAAGUGGAGAUUUUUCGCACUCUGGAACGUGGCUGGGGCCUGCGCAGUGUUUCCCCCAUCAAGAAGGGGGAGUUUGUGAGCGAGUAUGUGGGUGAGGUCAUCGAUGAGGAGGAGUGCAGAGCACGGAUUAAGCAUGCUCAGGAGAAUGACAUCUGCAACUUCUACAUGCUGACUUUAGACAAGGACCGUAUCAUAGAUGCUGGCCCCAAGGGGAACCAGGCCCGCUUCAUGAACCAUAGCUGCAAACCUAACUGCGAGACACAGAAGUGGACAGUGAAUGGGGACACUCGAGUGGGACUCUUUGCACUAGUGGACAUACCUGCUGGCAUGGAGCUCACGUUUAACUACAAUCUGGAAUGUCUGAGCAAUGGGAAGACGGCUUGUAAAUGUGGGGCACCAAACUGCAGUGGGUUCUUGGGAGACAGACCUAAGAACCAGCCCUCAGCUGAGGAAAAAGCCCGCAAGCUGAAGAAGAAGGUUCCACUGAAACGCAAAAGCCAGCAUGUUGUCAUAAGGGAACGUGAGGAUGAGUGUUUCAGCUGCGGGGAUGGGGGGCAGAUCGUAUCCUGCAAGAAGCCUGGCUGCCCCAAGGUCUACCACGCAGACUGUCUCAACCUUUCCAAGAGACCAGCAGGACGCUGGGAAUGUCCAUGGCACCAGUGUGAUGUGUGUGGGAAAGAGUCAACCUCCUACUGUAAGAUGUGUCCCAGCUCCUUCUGUAAGGAGCACUGUGAGGGUAUGCUCUUCAUAUCUAAGCUGAAUGGCCAGCUUUCCUGCAGUGAGCAUGAUCCAUGCGGGCCCAACCCACUGGAGCCUGGUGAGGUCCGCGAGUAUAUGUCAGUUCCGCUAAACAUGAGAGGAGUUGGCAUUGCUCCACGUCCACUGAUUGCUACCCCCAGUGUUGCUGGGACUGCCUAUCCUGCCUUUGAGUCUAUCUAUGAACAUUCAUUCUCUUCCAUUACCACCAGCCCCUUACCCAUCUGUGGAACUCUCAGCAAACACUAUGUGUUCAAUACAAGUAAGGUGGACUCCUCCACUUCUUUUUUUGAUAAUGAAGAUGAGGAAGAGGAGACUGAGGGUGAAGGAGAAGCUGAAAAUGGAAAUGUGGGGGGGUUGGAAGAGGAGGAAGAACAGGAUCAUUUUGAAGAUGAGGGAGAAGUUGAAGAUGAUGAAGUGCUGGAAGAAAGCACUGAGGACGUACAUACAAUCAAUGACAAAGUUGUGGAAAAUAGGAUAGAACAUGGGCACAUAAUGGAGAGUGAAGUUGAAGGCAGGACUAAGGAUUCUGGAGUAAUGCAUGACAGUAAGGACUUGCAGGAAGAGUAAAAUGAGAGUUCAAAGUCAUGCAGAGAUUAUGGAGCAGGAGUGAACCUUGCAUUUUGAAUUUUCUUCAAGAAAUGGGCUAUAGGUGUAAUGAUUUCAUAUGGGUACAGCCUAGGGAAACUGAGCAGCACAGAGGCUUGACACAGGGAAAAUUACAAUUCAUUCUACUUGAGGCAACUUUAGAUGCUUCUUCCAGAGUAUCGAAGAGCUAAUAAGUUUCAGGUCCUUUCUGGUUUAAUCUCAUCUGUAUAAACCGUGUUGGAAUGGUGCUAUACAGGUUUUUCUGUACCUGUUGUUCAUACUUUUUAGUAUGUGGUGCUUUUUUAUUAUGAGAUUGGAUUUUAGGUGCUUGUUUUUUUUACUGCUUUAUAUGUAAUCUCUAAAUCUCUUUUGGAAGAAACAAAUCAAGAACAAUUUGUGUUAAAGCAGUUACACUAAUAAGGAGACCUUAAAACUGAGGAAAUACAAUUUUGUAAAUGGCAUGGGGACCAAGUGAGGAGCUAGAAAGGUGCAGAAUGUGUAGUAUUUAUACUUUUUGUUAAAUUAUAUAUCUUUUGAAUGGGACUCUGCAAAUGACUUCCUAAUAAAACAAUAGCCAGUUUAUUUUU